AUGUUUAUUUAAAUAUUAUAUAUAUAUAAGCAAAAUUACUAUUAUAUAAUAAUAAAAUUAAAUAAUAAAAUAAUUAAAAUACAUAUAUAUAUAUAUUAUUAAUGGGUAGUAAAAUAAAUAAAUAUCCUACAGUCGAUAAAAAGUUUAAAAAAUAUAUAUAUAUAUUUGUAUAUUUUUUUUUUAAAUACAAGUAUUAAACUAACUUCUUUUUUUGAUGACAGUGAUAAAAAUAAAUAGCAAACAAAAAAAAUAUGGCAAAAACCAACUAAAGAUUAAGAAAUUCUGAACAAAAAAAUAUUUUUAUUAUAGUCCAAAUUUUAUAAAAAAAGCAAAUCUAAAUAAAAAUUAAAGACAAGACAUUAUUAUAUAGAUGACUCGAACUUAUAUGUAUCCAAAAGUGAGAAAUCUGAAAAAAUAUAAGGCUUUUUGAAUCUUAAUUGUUGUAAAUUAGACAUUCUAGAAAAUAUAGACAUAAAACAAUUUAAUUAAACGUCUCUAAUGUAAGGAUUUCGAUUAAUUAGAAACGGGAAAUACAUUGAAAUAUAUACAGACGAUCAAUUGAUAUUUAAAGAAUGGAGAAAUGUUAUAACAUUAAAUGCAAUUUAGUAAAACUUUCACGAAGAUUUUAUAGUCACAAAAAUUAUUGGGAAAGGUUCCUUUGCAAAGGUUUAUUUAGCAACAAAAAAAUAAAAUAAUUAAUAAUAUGCAAUUAAAGCUUUUAAUAAAGAAUUUAUGUUAAAUUAACACAAAGGUAAAGAAUCCUUAAUAAAUGAAAUAAUUGUAAUGAGAAAUUUAAGAAAUGAGCAUUUAAUAAAUCUAUAUGAAGUAUAUGAAACAGCUAAUUCGAUAUAUUUUGUAGUCGAUAUUAUUAAUGGAGGGGAGCUUUUACAUAGAUUAAGGGAAAAAAAAACCAUAAAAGAAUCUGAUUUAAAAAAUUUGAUAAGAAAUUUAUUAUUAGGGCUUUAAUAUUUGCAUUAAAAAUAAAUUAUGCAUAGAGAUUUAAAACCUGAAAAUCUUUUAUUAAAAUCAAAAGAAAAUGAUUAUGAUUUGGUUAUUGCAGAUUUAGGACUGGCCACUUUUACUAAUAUUAAAAAUAUUUUAUUUAAAAGAUGUGGUACUCCAGGUUUUGUAGCACCAGAAGUUUUAGCAUAUUAAGAUGGAGGAAGCUUUUAUGAUGUUAAAUGUGAUAUAUAUUCAGCAGGAGUGAUAUUUUAUUUAUUGCUAACAGGAAAACAACCAUUUGAAGGUAAAGACUAUAAAGCAAUACUAAGAGCUAAUAGAGAAAGUAAUAUAUAAUAUGAUAUUCCUGAACUUGAUACUGUUUCUAUAGAUGCUAAAGAUUUACUUAUAAAAAUGUUAAGGUCUAAUCCUUCCGAAAGAUUUUCGGCUAGUGAAUGCUUAGGACAUCCGUUUUUAAAUUAAAGUUAAGAUUAAUAAAAUUAUUAAAAUUUAGAAUUUGCUUAAUAAAAUUUAAAAAAUUACGAAGUUGGCUAUUUGUCAAAUAUAAGGAAUAAAAAUUAAACAGAUUCUUAAGAAUAAAUUGGUUCUUUAGCACUUCAUUCGAAUGGAAUUCCGGCUAUGAAUGGAAAUAUUGAUACUAUGGGUAGUUUAAGUAAUUAUAGUAAUGCUAAUUUAGGUAAUAAAGAAAAUAAAGAAUUAGUUUAGUCGAAGUUCUCGACUAGAGCAAAAACAGAGAGUAUUGAUUCGAAUAUUUUAAAAAAUUAAUUACAUUUAGAAGUUAAAAAUAAAGAAAAGAAUAAUUUACAUAAAAUGGCUAUUUAAAAUAAUAUGAAUAAAUGA